UGAGUGUUUCCGGGCGGCGCCGGAAGGAGGCUCCCGCAGGAGGGUCCGGGCGAGCCGCGCAGAGCCGGCAGCAGCUCAGCCGGGGGAUCCGGCCGCGGAACAUGGGGCGAUAGGCGGGGGCGCCGAUUUCUUUGCUUCAUGUCUUUUCUUCCUGGAAAUGGGAGCUGGAAGCACUCUGAUGAAUGAUUCGACAAGUUACCUUGUUGUGUAGACUUGCAUCUUCUAGUCUAAUGCUGCAGUAGUCAUACUUACUCAGUUGCAAUACAGAUUACUCAGGUGCCAGUGGCAUCAGUACAAGCCAUGGGGCAUAGUCCUGCUGUGGAAGAAAGCUGUUGUUGCAAAAAUCUGUACUCUAGUGCCCUCUACUCCAGUACCAACUUGCCCUGUUCUUAAACUUUUAACCUAAAAACAAAGAUUUGAUGUGAACAUAGACUUCCCUUCACCCUGGAGGAUCCUGUGAAAUACCUUGCCACUUCAGAAGACAAGAUAUGCUAGCUUCACAAUUACUAUUUAAACUGAUUGGUCUGGGUCCUCACAACCACAAAAAGAAGCAGGAUCUUGACAAGCUGUAUGAUUUAAAGACUAAAGCCCAGCAGAUUAUGAACCAGUUUGGCCCAUCUACCUUGAUCAACCUAUCCAGUUUCUCCUCGAUAAAGCCAGAACGAGCCAACACGCCACCACAGAGCUCCAUGGCAAACAGUACUACUGUGGCAAAGAUGCCAGGGACUCCUAGUGGAGGGGGACGCCUAAGUCCUGAAAGCAACCAGGUUUUAACCAAGAAGAAGUUGCAGGACCUGGUGCGAGAGGUGGAUCCCAAUGAGCAGCUGGAUGAGGAUGUGGAGGAGAUGCUGUUGCAGAUCGCUGAUGAUUUCAUUGAGAGCGUGGUGACAGCUGCCUGCCAGCUCGCCCGGCAUCGCAAAUCAAACACUCUGGAAGUGAAGGACGUCCAGCUGCAUCUCGAGCGCCAGUGGAACAUGUGGAUCCCAGGUUUUGGUUCUGAAGAAAUCCGGCCAUACAAAAAAGCCUGCACUACAGAAGCUCACAAACAGAGGAUGGCACUGAUCCGCAAAACAACCAAGAAAUAACCCCUAGGAAUAGCAGGGAGACAACUGCGUUUUGGGAUAUCUGCCUCUAAGCUGAAGCCUCCAUGACACCAUCCAUGGGAUAUUUUUUUUAAUGCUUUACAGAGAAGCAUAUAUUUUUUAUUAACAGUGCAGCAAUAUCUAUGACUUUGAGGAGAUCGGCCAAAAACCAUUAUAUGCCCCCCUUCCCCAGCCCCCCAUCAGAGCACAUUGUAUCUUGAAACAAAGACUUUAUUUGUGACCUUUAAAGUGGUUUAUUGUAUAAGUGAUUGAUUGUCCAAGGAACAGAGCAUUUUGGUCUUGUUUGGGACAGUAUUAGAAGCAUCUGUAGAGGUUUUCGUUUUUCCUUCUUCCCUCCUGCCAGUUCAAGUACUUUGUAAUGUCAGUGUUUAUAUAAAUACUUGCAUUUGUUUUACAUUAAUAAAGAAAUUAUUAAUCUAAA